GGUGUACUAUCGUCGUUAACGUUUUUCUAUACACGAGAACGCAGUACGGGAGCAUCGCAAGGAUCGAUCGAUCAUAGUGUGACUCACUCGACGUGGAAUUAAAUAGAGGAAAAAAAAAAGAGAAAAGAGAGAGAGAGAGAUAAAGUUCCUUUAGAAUUGAUAACACAUAUGAGAGUCUCGUUAGUGAACGGACAAUUAUCAGUAUCAGCACGAUUGUCCUUGCUAAAUCAUGCUCCUAGUGACCCUUUUUCUUUUUUUUCUUCAUCCCUUAGUGAACGGCGACUCUUGCGGGUCGAAUUGCGAAAAAACCGAGAGACCGAAAAGAGUCUUCAACAUUUAUUGGAACGUUCCUACUUUUAUGUGUCACCAAUACGACUUGUACUUCGACGAGGUGACAAAUUUUAAUAUAAAACGUAAUUCUAAGGACGAUUUCCAGGGAGAUAAAAUUGCAAUUUUUUAUGAUCCUGGAGAAUUCCCGGCUUUGUUGUCACUCAAAGAUGGCAAAUAUAAGAAAAGAAACGGAGGAGUACCUCAAGAAGGUAACAUCACGAUACAUCUUCAAAAAUUUAUCGAAAAUUUGGAUAAAACGUAUCCAAAUAGAAACUUCAGUGGUAUCGGUGUGAUCGAUUUUGAAAGAUGGAGGCCAAUCUUUCGACAAAAUUGGGGCAAUAUGAAAAUACAUAAGAAUUUUUCGAUAGAUUUAGUUCGCAAUGAACAUCCAACCUGGAAUAAAAAGAUGAUCGAAUUGGAGGCAUCUAAGAGGUUCGAAAAAUAUGCCAGAUUUUUUAUGGAAGAAACUUUAAAAUUGGCCAAAAAAACUAGGAAGCAGGCUGAUUGGGGUUAUUACGGAUAUCCCUAUUGCUUUAAUAUGUCGCCUAAUAAUCUCGUCCCGGAAUGUGACGUUACAGCGAUGCACGAGAACGACAAGAUGUCGUGGCUGUUCAAUAAUCAAAAUGUACUUCUACCAUCCGUCUACGUUAGACAAGAGUUAACCCCGGAUCAAAGAAUUGGUUUAGUACAAGGAAGAGUGAAGGAAGCUGUUAGGAUCUCGAAUAAUUUGAAACAUUCACCGAAAGUGCUCUCUUAUUGGUGGUACGUGUAUCAGGACGAAACGAACACUUAUCUUACCGAGACCGACGUGAAAAAAACUUUCCAAGAGAUAGUGAAUAACGGUGGGGAUGGUAUCAUUAUAUGGGGUAGCUCGUCCGACGUAAACAGCUUAAGUAAAUGUAAGAGAUUGCAGGACUAUUUGUUGACGGUUUUGGGACCAAUCGCGGUUAACGUGACAGAAGCCGUCAACUAAAGAUUACCCCUAAACUUUUAGUAGAAUCUAUAAUCUCUUGUCGAUGGUGAUCGGUGCAUUCAGUGAUCUGCUUUGUGAAUACUACUGGUACUACAACGAUACCAUCACAUUGAAAAGACUUUUCACAAAAACAAAAACAAAAAUAGAAAACUAUAAUUUAUAAGUCUGCAACAUUAUCUACCAAA